CAUUAAAUUCUGGAGAGAGAAACAGAGUGUCCCUCCCCCAACUCCCCCGCCCUCCUCGAAGUGAUUCCUAUUUUCUCUUUCUUUCUUUCUCAGAAUGAAUUUAAACCUCUCCAAACAGAAAAUCAGCAAUCGCAUUUAUACCCUCUCCCUCCCCUUCUUCUUCCGUUACUACUCUCCUCUCCCUCCUCCUCCGCCCCCUCCGCCGCCGAUUCCCUUCUCCUCCUCCUUCCUCUUCGCCGGAGCUAAUUUAUAGCGACGUACUUAGCGGGUUAUUAAUUGCACUUUUCUUCUUUUUGAUUUUUCUCGUUGGGUGAAAUUAAAGUUGGGGGUUUUUUUUUUUGAUUUCCCCCCUUUCCUCGGUUCGUCUCUGCUGCUGCUGCUUCUUCUUUAUUGUGGGUUACAGAAACCAUUAAGAAGGAGAGUGGGAGGGUUGGUCUCAUUUACACCCAUCUAUCACCCACCACACCAACAAGCCAUUUACACUCCCACUUCCCUUAUCAUCAGACUGGUGAACUCCAGUAUUAGAGAGACAGUAGCUAUAGCUAGAAAACCCCAUUACAGCCUCUCUCUCAAGGGUUCUUAGUCUUUAAAUUAAACCUUAGGGAAAAAAGAACCCGGCCCUAAGCACAAGCUACCGCCAUUUGUUUCCUCUUGAUUCCAAUCCCGGCAAGAGGCGACCACCACACACUCUGUUUUCCCUUCACGCAAACGCAGGCCGAGAUAGAGAGAGCAGAGAGCAGCCUCUACUUCCCCCGCUUCCGUUCUCCGAUAGCUCGGAUCUCUUAUAAUGGAGUACAGUAGCGUCGGUCUUGGUGGCGUUUUAGGCGGCGGCGGAGGCGGAAAUGGGAGUGGGCCUAGUGGGGACCAUGAUUCCUCUCCCGCCGACCCUCAGCGCAAGAAGAAGCGGUACCAUCGUCAUACUGCUACCCAGAUUCAGAAACUCGAAGCGAUGUUCAAAGAAUGCCCGCAUCCGGACGAGAAGCAGAGGUUGUACCUGAGUAGGGAGUUAGGUCUGUCGCCCCGGCAGAUCAAGUUUUGGUUCCAAAACCGGAGAACCCAGAUGAAGGCCCAGCACGAAAGAGCAGACAACUGCGCACUUAGAGCUGAAAACGAUAAGAUCAGAUGUGAGAACAUAGCCAUCAGAGAGGCAUUGAAGAAUGUCAUUUGCCCAUCUUGUGGAGGUCCUCCGGUGACGGUAGAUUGUUAUUUUGAUGAACACAAAUUGCGAAUGGAGAAUGCUCAGUUGAAAGAUGAGCUUGAUAGAGUUUCCAGCAUUGCUGCCAAGUACAUAGGGAGGCCAAUUUCCCACCUGCCUCCAGUACAGCCAAUUCAUGUUUCUUCCUUAGAUUUGUCAAUGGCUACUUUUGGAGGGCAUGCAAUGGGUGGUGGUCCUUCCCUGGACCUUGAUCUUGAUCUUCUCCCACCUCCAGCGAAUUUGCCCUUCCAACCAUUGGGCAUUUCUAAUGUGGACAAGUCAUUAAUGACGGAUGUUGCUGCAAAUGCCUUGGAUGAACUAUUAAGGCUUCUGAAAACGGAUGAACCUCUGUGGAUGAAGUCUUCCACGGAUGGAAGGGAUGUUCUUAAUCUGGAAGCCUACCAAAGGCUUUUCCCAAAGGUCAAUGAUCAUCUGAAGAAUCCCAAUGUUAGAAUUGAAGCAUCCAGAGAUUCUGGUGUUGUUAUCAUGAAUGGGUUAGCCUUGGUCGACAUGUUUAUGGAUUCUAGCAAGUGGGUUGAACUAUUCCCAACAAUUGUUUCGACGGCAAAGACCAUUGAAUUAGUAUCUUCAGGACUGAUGGGUGCGCACAGUGGCUGUUUGCAGCUGAUGUAUGAAGAAUUGCAACUUCUUUCGCCAUUAGUGCCAACUAGGGAAUUCUACAUCCUUCGGUACUGUCAGCAAAUUGAACAAGGGGCGUGGGCGAUUGUGAAUGUUUCUUAUGAUAUACCUCAAUUUGCUUCUCAGUUUCGAUCCCAGCGGCUUCCUUCUGGAUGCUUGAUCGAGGAUAUGCCUAAUGGAUACUGCAAGGUAACUUGGGUGGAACAUGUUGAGAUUGAAGACAGGGCUCCAAUCCACCGGCUUUAUAGAGAUCUCAUCUAUAGCGGGAUGGCAUUUGGUGCUGAGCGGUGGCUUACUACACUCCAAAGAAUGUGCGAGCGGUAUGCAUGUCUGAUGGUUUCAAAUACAUCAACACGAGAUCUUGGAGGAGUGAUUCCAUCUCCUGAAGGCAAGCGAAGCUUGAUGAAACUUGCUCAGAGAAUGGUGAAUAGUUUUUGCUCAAGUAUCAGUGCAUCUAACAGCCACCAGUGGACGACACUGUCUGGGUUGAAUGAAACUGGUGUUCGAGUUACUUUUCGCAGGGGUUCCGAUCCAGGCCAACCCAGUGGUAUGUUUCUUUGUGCAGCUACCACAUUUUGGCUUCCAGUUUCACCCCAGAACGUGUUCAACUUCUUCAAGGAUGAAAAAACACGAUCACAGUGGGAUGUUCUUUCUAGUGGAUCUGGAGUCGAAGAGAUCACCCAUCUUGCAAAUGGAUCUCAUCCGGGGAAUUGCAUAUCUAUUCUUCGUGCCUUCAGCAGUAGUCAGAACAGUAUGGUUGUACUUCAGGAGAGCUGCAUAGACUCAUCAGGUUCUCUUGUAGUGCAUUGUCCGGUUGAGGUCCAAGCCAUGAACAUGGCAAUGAGCGGUGAGGACCCGUCUUGUAUCCCGUUGUUGCCAUCAGGGUUCACAAUCUGCUCUGACGGAAAUCUAAGAGGGGAACCUUUGUUGGGGGAUGGGGCUUCGACAAGCUCGAAUGGAGGAAUUGGAAGUGGUAUUGCAAAGUCAAGCGGUGGUUCACUAAUCACAGUAGCAUUUCAAAUACUAGUGAGCAGCUUGCCAUCAGCCAAGCUAAACAUGGAGUCAGUAAACACAAUCAACAACGUUAUCGGCACAACUAUUCAGCAGAUCAAGGCAGCCUUGGAUUGUCCUAGUUCCUGAUUGUGAUCUUCAUCGACGGACUUAAGCUUGUGUGGUGGAUGGUGGUAUUGAAUGAUGUUGUGGGAGGGAGGAGGUAUUGCAGUUAUUUAGGGGGUUAGUCUGAAGAUGCCUUCCUCAUUUACAUUUGACAUUUACUGCUGCUGCUGCUGCUGGUUGCUGUUUAGUUGUGCUGUUGCUGCUGGAUUCUGCUGGAUGCUGCCAAGCUUCAUUUACAAUCUACACCAACUCUCACAUACUGGUACUACUGGGUGUUAUUAUUUUGGGUCUUUAAGGCAAAGGGUUUCUUUUUCUUUUUUUUUUCUUGUUGAACAAAUUAUUGGGGUUUUUCCUUAGCUGUUACCUUGGAACAAGGAGUAGUAGUAAUAGUAGUGAAGGAAGGAAGGGAGGGAAGUUGAGUGAAUGGUCAGAGUUCCAUUAAUGAAGGGAGUCAAGAACGCACCAUACAAUACAAACAAUGGUGUCUUUUUCUUUUGCUUGCUGGAAGGAGAGCAGGGGGAUGGGAGUCUCUUUCACUGCCAGCAGCAAGAAGAAGAGAGACCCAAAGAAAUUUGUGUGGUUCGGGUAUUGACUUCUUCUGGUCAGAUUGUGAACUCUUUUUUUUCUUUUGUCUUUGGGAUUUUGUAUGGUCUUGUCAAUGAAUCAAUUCACCAUUUGACUUUUCCCUGCUUCUCCCCUCUUUUACC